AUUACACUCAAAAUUUUCCACCAAUAAAUUAUUCUCAGUUUGCUUCUGCAAUUUUUUUAACUUCAACGUUUUGCCAGCUUAUAUUCUUCAUAAACCUUAAACGACAUCAUUUUUUUUGCUCAUCUGCUUCUCUGCCUCUCUGCCGUCAAAUCUCUGUAACUCUACCGGAAAACUUCCAUUUCUUGUUGUCGGGAAAAGGGUAGUUUGCAGUUAAAACAGUUAAACUUCCAAAGGGUUCUUUGUCUUUCUUGGUAUCUUGUUUUCUUUUCUUCUUGGUGGAUAUGGUGAUGAAGAUAGCGUCGCCCGAAAAAGUUGUUUCAAUUACAGAGAAGGUAUGGCAGAGAGUUUACGGUGGCAUCAACAACAACGGCUAUUAUUAUCAUCAUCAUCGUAAACAUCGAAGGCGGUGUUCAUAUGAGAGUGAAGAUGAAUACGAGGUUGAGGAUGGAACCAUACAGUUGAUGCAGAUGGGUGCUGAACGAAGCAAGAAUGUGCUGAUUCUCAUGAGUGACACAGGUGGUGGCCAUAGAGCUUCAGCCGAGGCUAUUCGAGAAGCCUUUCGGAUCGAGUUUGGAGAUGAAUACAGGAUAUAUGUGAAAGAUGUCUGGAAAGAAUACACAGGCUGGCCAUUGAACGACAUGGAAAGGUCUUACAAGUUCAUGGUGAAACAUGUACAACUCUGGAAAGUAGCUUUUCACAGUACUUCUCCUAGAUGGAUACAUAGCAGCUAUCUUGCUGCCAUUGCUUCCUAUUACGCCAAGGAGGUUGAGGCUGGUUUAAUGGAAUACAAGCCAGACAUUAUCAUAAGUGUACAUCCAUUGAUGCAACACAUUCCUCUCUCAGUUCUUAAAUGGAAAAGCCUUCAAAAGAAAGUAAUCUUUGUUACUGUAAUUACAGACCUCAAUACCUGUCAUCCCACAUGGUUUCAUCCAAGGGUUAACAGAUGCUACUGCCCUUCAAAGGAGGUAGCCAAAAGAGCUUUAUAUGAUGGUCUUGAAGAGUCCCAAAUCCAGGUUUUUGGUCUUCCUAUUCGGCCUUCAUUUGCUCGUGCGGUUCUUUCCAAGGAUGAUUUAAGAAAAGAGCUCGAGCUAGACCCUGAUUUGCCUGCUGUUUUGCUGAUGGGAGGGGGUGAAGGAAUGGGGCCUGUUAAGAAAACAGCCAUGGUUCUCGGCGAAUCAUUAUACGAUAACGAUCAAGGGAAACCAAUAGGGCAACUAAUCAUAAUAUGUGGCCGAAACAAAGCCCUUGCCUCUACAUUGGAAUCACUGGAAUGGAAGAUCCCAGUGAAGGUCAGAGGGUUCGAAACCCAAAUGGAGAAAUGGAUGGGAGCUUGUGACUGCAUAAUUACAAAGGCUGGUCCUGGUACCAUUGCAGAGGCCUUGAUUAGGGGACUUCCAAUUGUUCUCAAUGACUACAUUCCAGGACAGGAAAAGGGUAAUGUACCUUACGUAGUAGACAACGGAGCAGGCGUAUUCACCAGAAGUCCGAAGGAAACAGCAAGAAUCGUGUCGGAAUGGUUCAGCACGAAGACAGACGAACUCAAAAGAAUGUCGGAGAAUGCUCUUAAACUAGCACAACCAGAGGCCGUCUUUGAUAUUGUAAAAGAUAUCCAUGAACUUGCUUGUCAAAGAGGACCUUUAGCCAACAUUCCUUACGACUCAACAUCCUCAUUAACAAACGUAAUUUAAUAGAUAACCUCUACAUCUUCCAUAUAACUAAGAUUUGUUUUAUAGGUAAAGCUUUAAUGUAGUAUAUCAUUCUUUGGCCACUAUGGUCUGCUGAAAAAGUGUGUAAAUUAGGUUAAUGUGAAAGUUGAAAAUGUUGUAGUGUUGCAGUUUUUUGGUUUGGUUUGGUUUUUUUUUCACUUAAUAUGGCAUUAAGUUUCUGCUUAAA